AAAAAAUCCAAUCCAUUUCGCAAUAUUAUUUUUUAAAUGCAAAAAUACUCUCUUCCUUAGUAACACUCUCGUUUUCUUUUCUUUUCCUUUCCUUUUUUUCUUUUCCUUUUCUCAAUGCAGGGAAUCAAACAAGAUCGAUCUUUUAAUUUCGAUCUAUCUUUAUAAAGCAAAAACCCAUUUUUUUUGUUCAUUAAAAUUUUGUUUCUCAAAGCCUUUGAAGAAAAAAACAAUGCGGGCUUUGAGUCUUCUAUUGAUCUUGGGAUUUUUAACAGUCUUGUCGGUGGCUUCUUGUGUUGUUAUCCCACUUGAAAGAGCUUUUCCUUUGAAUGGUCUUGUUGAGUUGAGCCAACUCGUAGCUCGUGAUCAACUCAGGCACUCUCGUAUGUUGCAAGGUCUCGUUGGUGGAGUCGUCGAUUUCUCUGUUCAAGGCACCUCUGAUCCCUAUCUCGUUGGGCUUUAUUUUACAAAGGUUAAACUCGGAUCACCUCCUAGAGAAUUCAAUGUGCAGAUAGAUACUGGAAGUGAUAUACUAUGGGUGACUUGCAGUUCCUGUGCUGAUUGUCCUCAAUCCAGUGGACUUGGAAUUCAGCUCAGUUUAUUUGACACCACGAGUUCGUCAUCUGCUAGGAUGGUUCCUUGUUCGGAUCCAAUGUGUUCUUCAGAAUAUCAAACAACUGCAACUCAGUGCUCUCAGAGUAAUCAGUGUAGUUACUCAUUUCAAUACGGGGAUGGAAGUGGAACAUCUGGUUAUUAUGUGACUGAUAUGUUGUCUUUUGACGCUGUUAUGGGACAGUCUUCGAUUGCUAACUCUUCGGCUCUCAUUGUGUUCGGGUGCAGCACAUAUCAGUCCGGUGACUUAACGAAGACAGAUAAAGCUGUGGAUGGGAUAUUCGGGUUUGGCCGGGGCGAUCUGUCUGUAAUAUCACAAUUAUCAUCACGGGGUAUAACACCUAGAGUUUUCUCACAUUGUCUUAAAGGGGAUGGCAGUGGAGGGGGUAUAAUGGUUCUCGGUGCGAUUAUGGAACCUAGUAUUGUUUAUAGUCCACUUGUCCCAUCACAGCCUCAUUAUAAUUUAAUGCUACAGAGCAUUGCCGUCAACGGACAGUUGCUACAAAUUGAUCCAUCCGUUUUCGCAACAUCUAGUAAUCGUGGUACUAUUGUUGACUCCGGAACAACUUUGGCAUACCUCGUGCAAGAGGCAUAUGAUCCAUUUGUUAGUGCUAUAACUGCUACUGUUUCACCUUCCGUUACUCCCACCAUUUCUAAAGGAAACCAGUGUUAUCUAGUCGCCGCCAGUGUAAGUCAGAUAUUCCCCCCGGUUAGUCUAAAUUUUGCUUCCGGUGCAUCAAUGAUGUUAAAACCAGAAGACUAUCUUAUACGCUCGGGUUUCUACAAUGGUGAUACAAUGUGGUGCAUCGGUUUCCAAAAGGUUCAGGGUGGAAUAUCGAUUUUAGGAGAUCUUGUCUUAAAAGAUAAGAUAUUUGUUUAUGAUCUUGCUCAUCAACGAAUUGGAUGGGCCAACUAUGAUUGUUCAUUAUCUGUAAAUGUCUCGAUUACUUCAAGUAAAGACUUCAUAAACGAAGGGCAGCUGAGCAUGAGUAGCUCGACGAAAGAGAUGUUAUUCAAGCUUAUACCUUUGAGUUUUAUAACCUUCCUAAUACAACUGUUAGAGCUCGUUGAGUUCCAGUUCUUGUAAUUUAAACCCUCGAUUCCCCGAAAAAAAUAUUCAUUCUUUCUUCGAUCUAUAUAGUAGAUUGUCUGAUCGAUUA